AUGAUUUCCAUGAGGAUCUUCUGCCUGGUCUUGAGUGUGCUGGGCACAGUAUGGACUGCAGAUACAGAGACAGAUACGGAUAAAGAGGAAGGUGACUUUCUAACGGAAGGAGGAGGUGCACGUGGCUCAAGAAUUAGCCUAAGCAAGCAAUCUACCUGCAAAGAAUCUGACUGGCCCUUCUGUUCUGAUGAAGACUGGCACUACAAAUGCCCUUCUGGCUGUAGGAUGAAAGGGUUGAUUGAUGAAGUCAAUAAAGAUUUUACAGACAGAAUCAAUAAGCUCAAAAAUGCACUGUUUGAUUACCAGAAGAACAAUAAAGACUCUAGUUCAGUGAGCAGGAAUAUAAUGGAACUUCUGAGAAAUGACUUUUCCAGAGCCAGUAACAAUGAUAACAUUUAUGGCCAAGCAUCGGAAGAUCUGAGAAGCAGAAUUGAGAUUCUGAAGCGCAAAGUCACAGAACAAGUACAGCGUAUCCAGCUUCUGCAGAGAAAUGUCAGAGAUCAGCUUGUAGAGAUGAAAAGAUUGGAGGUGGACAUUGAUAUUAAGAUCCGAUCUUGCAAAGGGUCUUGUAGUAGAUCUUUAUCUCGUGAAGUAGAUCUAAAAGACUAUGAAGAUCAGCAGAGACAACUCGAACAAGUCAUUGCCAUAGACUUAUUUCCAUCUAGAGAAAAUCAAUACUUACCACUGAUAAAAAUGACGCCCAUAACAGACUUCGUUCCUGGACAUUUCAAAAGCCAGCUCCAGACGGCCCCGCCAGAGUUGGGGGCACUAAUAGAAACAAAGCAGAUGAAAAUGGAGUUAGAGAGGCCUGGUAGACCGGGGAAUCCCCGGGGCGACACUCCAUCUUCUGGAACAGGAUCAGAAUCUGAAAGCUCCAGAAAUCCUCGACCUGGUCAUACUGGAUCUUGGAAUCCCGGCAGCUCCAGACCUGGGAGCUCUGGACCCUGGAAUCCUGGCAGCUCUGGACCCUGGAAUCCUGGCAGCUCUGGACCUGGGAGCUCUGGACCCUGGAAUCCUGGCAGCUCUGGACCUGGGAGCUCUGGACCCUGGAAUUCUGGCAGCUCUGGAACUCGGAAUCCCGGAGGCUCUGGGAGUUCUGAACCUGGACUUCCUUCCACUUGGAACCCUGGAAGCUCUGGACCUGGAAGUUUUAGGCCAGAUAGCUCAGGACAUGGGAGCACCAGACCUACCAACCCUGACUGGGGUCAUUUUGAAGAAGCAGGAAGUAUAAAAACAGAGACAAGGAAAGAAUUCCCCACGGGCAAACUCGUCACUUCCACAGGCGAUAAAGAGCUCCUGAUUGGCGGUGAAAGGGCUGUCUCUGGUAGCACAACCAGCACUCAUCGUUCUUGCUCUAAAACCGUCACUAAGACUGUGAUUGGCUCUGAUGGUCGCAGAGAAGUGACAAAAGAAGUGGUGAACUCAGAAGACGGUGCUGACUGUGAUGACACAAGCGACUUCGGCAAGUUCCAUACUUUAACUGGCUUGGGGAGCCUAGAUGACUUUCGUAUCAGACAUCCCGACGAAAGUUCCUUCUUUGACACUGGUGCAACAGAACGUUUUUUCUCAAGUAUCUUGACACCUACAUUCAAAGAAGAGUCUGGAAGUAAGACCCAGUCUAGGGGAUCUGACAUUUUCACAGAUUUUGAGAGAUCUUCCAGUCAUCAAACUAGUAGCACAACGGUCAGCAGAGGAGGUUCCACAUCUGAAAGUAAGACCUUUAAAAUGUCAGAUGAAGGUGGGAGCGAGGACAUUGGAGGAACACACGGUACAAGGAGAAGCCAUACUAAAACUCGCCUUUCAAGAGACUGUGGUGAUGUCCUCCAGACACAUCCUUCAGGUGCCCACAGUGGCAUUUUCAAAAUCACGCCACCGGGAUCCAGUAAGAUUUUUUCUGUUUACUGCGAUCAAGAGACCGGUUUGGGAGGAUGGCUUUUGAUCCAGCAAAGAAUGGAUGGAUCACUGAAUUUUAACCGGACCUGGCAAGACUACAAGAGAGGUUUCGGCAGCCCCAAUGACAAGGGGGAAGGCGAAUUCUGGCUAGGCAACGACUAUCUCCACAUGCUAACCCAGCGGGGCUCUGUCCUUCGGGUGGAAUUAGAGGACUGGGAGGGGAAUAUGACUUAUGCAGAAUAUCAAUUCCGGGUGGGUCCCGAGACUGAAGGCUAUGCCCUGCAGGUCUCGGCCUACAAGGGCACCGCGGGUGACGCUCUGGUGGAGGGAUCUGCGGAGGAUGGGCCCGAGUACACCUCUCACGCAGGCAUGCAGUUCAGCACCUUUGACAGGGAUGGGGACCAGUGGGAAGAGAACUGUGCAGAGGUCUAUGGAGGGGGCUGGUGGUACAACAACUGCCAGGCGGCCAAUCUCAAUGGCAUCUACUACUCUGGAGGCUCCUAUGACCCGAGGGAAAAUAGUCCUUACGAGAUUGAGAAUGGAGUGGUCUGGGUCCCCUUUAGAGGAUCAGAUUAUUCUCUCAAGUCUGUCCGCAUGAAAAUAAGGCCUCAAGUGACUCAAUAA